AUGGCGACAGAUCUUAGCGAAUUCACCAUCAUCAAGGAGGGCGAGGCUGAGAUUCUUAUGCACGCGAAAAAUGAAGUCUUUUUCAAUAAGACCCAGGUUAACAACAGAGACAUAUCCAUUGCUGUCCUUAGGUUAUUUAUAACAAAACGCAAACAGGAGCAUGAAGCAAAACUAUCAAAAAGAGCAAAAUCAGGGCAGAAGGUCACUGAGAAUAAUGGUUCUGAAACUGUUAUGGAAGAAGCAUCUAAUGAAUCUGCAACAAAUGAUGAAAAGUGUCAUACAGAUUGUGGUGCUCAUGAAAAAACAUCAAAUGAGUGUGGAAGUCCAAUGUUGUCAGAAGAACAAAAAGAGGUUGCGGAGGGAAAAGAACAAAGAGAUCCCAAGCCAAUUAGAGUUCUUGAGGCCUUGUCAGCUUCUGGGCUAAGAGCAUUAAGAUAUGCUCGUGAAGUAGAGGGGAUUGGUCAAGUUGUGGCACUAGACAAUGAUAAAGCAUCGGUUGAAGCUUGUCGGAGAAACAUCAAGUUUAAUGGUUCAGUAGCGUGUGCAAAAGUGGAAUCACAUCUUACUGAUGCUCGUGUUUAUAUGCUCACUCACCCAAAAGAAUUUGAUAUGGUUGAUUUGGAUCCUUACGGUUCCCCUUCUAUUUUCUUGGACUCUGCUGUUCAAUCAGUUGUAGAUGGUGGCAUGCUGAUGUGUACAGCCACUGAUAUGGCAGUGCUUUGUGGAGGAAAUGGAGAAGUUUGCUAUUCAAAAUAUGGUUCAUAUCCUUUGAGAGGGAAAUAUUGCCACGAAAUGGCUUUAAGAAUCCUCCUUGCCUGCAUUGAGAGCCAUGCUAAUAGAUACAAGCGGUAUAUUGUUCCAGUGCUAUCUGUCCAGAUGGACUUCUAUGUCCGGGUUUUUGUUCGUAUUUAUACUUCUGCAAGUGCAAUGAAAAAUACUCCCCUUAAGCUCUCAUAUGUUUAUCAGUGCACUGGUUGUGAUUCAUUCCAUCUCCAGCAGAUUGGCAGAAGCGUCUCAAAGAACAACAGCGUCAGGUAUUUACCUGGUUUUGGACCUUCUGUUGCACAAGAGUGCAGUGAUUGUGGGAAGAAAUUCAACAUGGGUGGGCCUAUCUGGUCUGCUCCUAUCCAUGAUCAAGAAUGGGUUACUUCCAUGCUAGCAGAUGUGAAGUCUAUGAAGGACUCUUAUCCUGCAUAUGAUCGUAUAUCUGCUGUACUGACAACAAUUUCAGAGGAGCUGAUGGACGUUCCUUUAUUUUUGAGUCUACACAACCUCUGUGCAACAUUAAAGUGCACAUCUCCAUCAGCUGUAAAUUUCCGUUCUGCAGUGAUUAAUGCAGGAUAUCGCAUUUCGGGCACUCAUGUGAAUCCAUUAGGACUGAAAUCAGAUGCUCCCAUGGAUGUUAUUUGGGAUAUAAUGCGUUGCUGGGUAAAAAAUCACCCAGUUAAAGCUCAACCAGAAGAUCAGCCAGGAAGUAUCAUUCUUGCCAAGGAACCUGUUCUUGAAGCUAAUUUUGCUAGAGCUGUGGCAUCUCUUAGCAAGGCACAAGCAAAGAAAAUUGCACGCUUCCUUCCAAAUCCUGAAAGGCAUUGGGGCCCCAAGCUGAGAGCAGGUCGUCAAAUCACUAGCAAACACAUCUCUCUACUCGGUGCAGAGGCAGUAAACGGAGCUCUCAGCCAUACAGAUUCCGAAGAGCCUAAUGCGAAACGUCCCAAGGUAGAAGAAGAACCAGCUCCCAACCAGUAAAAGUUUCCUUUUAUCUUAUAUUUUCUUUAUGCUUCAAAGUUAUGCAAUAUCUACUUUUUUGAUCCUCCACAUGAAAUUCUUGUUUGGGGACACUUCUGUAGAAGUAGCAGAUUUUUGUUUAAUCUUCAGGAAGCCUUUCUUUCAAGAUAUAUAUCAUUUUUGUUCUUCUCUACGAUGUUUAGAUUUCUGUCAACAGAAACACCAAGAUUUCCAGGGAAAUGCACAAAGAAGUCUUUCCCUCCCCAUCCCUAUAGUCAGAUGUUUCUGAACGCAAGCUGAUGAUUGUUCUUAUUUCCUCUCCAAUGGAGGGCUUAUUUUUAAAAAUUUUGAGCCGUCUUCGGAUAAAAGUUGAGUUCAUUAGGCAUACUAAGGCAAUAUAUGUCUUAGAAAUUUAAUGUCUUAGUUUUUAAAGCUUAGGAUUGACAACUUCAGACUGGUGUAAUUUAUAUCUGGUUUAUACA